UCUCUGCAGAAGUAACAAGCGCUCUCCGGGGUGGGCUCCUGUUGCAGAGCGCCCAGCCUUCACAUAGACACAGCUGUGUGAGAAGUCAGAGGGGAAGACACAGAUCCGUAGGUGCUUCCCAUUGGCCAACCCCAACUAGUAGCAGGAAGACAAGGGAGCCUGGGUGGUACAGUCUUCAGAGGUCAGCCUCCUUGUAGAGAGCAGGAUCAGGAGGAUGGAGAGUGGCUCAAGGGCCCUGCCCUCUGUUCGGGGAAGGCCCAGGUCCCUGCCACCUCAGCAAGGCCACAAUGAAUCGAGGAGCUGCUUUUAGGCACCUGCUCCUGGUGCUGCAGUUGGUGAUGCUCUCAGUGGUCACUCAGGGAAAAGAAGUGGUGCUGGGGAAGGCAGAAGACACAGUAGAGCUGCCCUGCCAAGCACCUCCGAAGAAGAACACGGUCUUUAACUGGAAACAUUCUUCUGGAAACAUUCUGAGAAAUCAGGGCAACUCCUUCUGGCUUACAGGUCCCUCCAAGCUGAAAACUCGUGUUGAAUCCAGAAAAUUCCUGUGGGAUCAAGGAUCCUUUCCUCUGGUCAUCAAGAAUCUUGAAAUAGCAGACUCCGGGAUUUACAUCUGUGAGGUGGAGGACAGGAAGAAAGAGGUGGAACUGCUGGUGUUCAGCUUGACUGCCAAAGUGGACACUGGCGGCGGCAGCAGCAGCAGCAGGAGCAUCAGCACCGGCAGCAAAAUCCACCUGCUGCAAGGGCAGAGCCUGACCCUGACCUUGGAGAGCCCCUCUGGUAGUAACCCUUCGGUGCAAUGGAAAGGUCCAGGGAAUAAAAGCAAGAAUGCGAUCCACAGCCUCUCACUGUCCCACCUGGAGUUGCAGCAGAGUGGCACCUGGACGUGCACAGUCUCCCAGAGCCAGAAGACAUUGGUGAUCACCGCAGACAUCGUGGUACUGGCUUUCCAGAAGGUCCCUAACACCAUCUAUUCGAAAGAAGGGGAGCAGGUGGAGUUUUCCUUCCCCAUUAACUUCGAAGAUGAAAACCUGAUGGGGUUCCUGAGAUGGGAGGCGGAGGAGGCUCCCUCCUCCUUGCUCUGGGUCUCCUUCACCUUGAAGAACAAGAAGGUAUCUGUGACGGAGGUUACCCACUACCCAAAACUCCAGAUGAAGGACUCGCUCCCACUCCGCUUUACCCUGCCCAACGUUUCGUCUGGGUAUGCUGGUUCUGGAAACCUGACCCUGACCUUGGACAAAGGGCAGUUGCAGCAGGAAGUGAAACUGGUAGUGAUGAGAGUGACUCAGUCUGAGAACAACUUGACCUGUGAGGUGCUGGGACCCACCUCCCCUGAGCUGACACUGACCUUGAAACUCGAAAAGCAGACUGCCAAGGUCUCAAAGCAGCAGAAGAUGGUAAGGGUGGAGAACGCUGAGGUGGGAACAUGGGAAUGUCAACUGAGUGACAAGGGCAAAGUCCUGCUGACAUCCAACAUCGAGGUUUUGCCUCCAGAGCUCACGAGUGCCUGGCCAAAUCUCCUGGCCAUCGUGCUGGGCGGGAUUGUAGGCCUUCUGCUUUUCAUUGGGCUCUGCAUCUUCUGUUGUGUUAAGUGCCGGCACCGCAGGCGCCAGGCAGAGCGGAUGUCUCAGAUCAAGAGACUCCUCAGUGAGAAGAAGACCUGCCAGUGCCCCCACCGGUUACAGAAGACAUGUAAUCUCAUUUGAGGCACAGGACCAGGGAGCCUCCCACUUGCAAUGCAGCCUCCCCAGCUGUCUCCCCUUGCGUUUCCUGCAGGGCUCCAGGGCCUGCAGACCAGAUGAAUGUAGCAGACCCCAGCAUUUCUGACCAUCUCCUGCUAUCUCCAUCCACCCUUGGCCAUUGAUCCUCCUCCUGCAGAGGCUUACAACCAUUUCCUCCCCAUUUUGUUUGCAUCAAGCCUAGCCCUUAUCCAUGAUUUCUUCCCAGCUCUCUCCCCCGUUGCCCACUGGUCCCAGGGAAUCACAUGGGACCAGCCCUGCCUGGCGUGGAGGGCAAGGCUGGGUGUAUGAAGCAUGAAGCAUAGGAUUGUCAUUUUAUUGGACAGAACCUUGCGACCAGAGGGGGCAGGGAUUAGCCUAAAAUCACACAGCCAGUCACGAGCACAUCCAGAUUAAAACCUCCUGACUGCUAGCCUCCACUGCUCCAUUCUCCUUGCUUCCUCACUCUGUUUUGGCAGGGCACAGACUCACCUCAUGAUCUGUGCACAAAGAGGCUCCCCUGGACACACGCCCAUGUACAAAGUCCAUACUUGUGCCCAGACACAAUUCCUUAUCACCCAAGCAGUACGUCUCAGUGGAUGAGCCAGUCUCACAUCCUUUGUCCGUUUAAACCUUAUGAAAAUCUUACAAAGCUAGUACUGAAGGACCAAGAUUAGCAUCUCCAGCUUAUGGACCAGAAUUGGAACUCAAAGAGGUCAGAUGAUUGCCCAAGGUCACACAGCUAGUAUGUGCCAGAGUCAGGACUAAGCCCAGGUCUCUUAACCCCUAGUUCCAUGGCUGUUUCCUGAACACAGAGACAAAUACUCUGCAGCUGGUUAGUCACUGAUGCCCAGUACCCACCUUUGAAUUCAUAAGAGCACCCCACCCCACUCAGGGCCUGCCUCAGAGAGUUCAGAAGCACGGAAGAGGGCCUCCCUCCCUAAAAUCCCUCUCUCUCACCUGCUGGUGGUAGAAUCCUAUUACCAGAGGACAAAAGCUGGCAGUUCUCCUAAUCGGAGCACAGGCUGGGAACACAGGCCCUGUGGGAGAGAGUGCCCAGUGACCUACCACUCACCCUGUUGCAGAACCUUCUGGAAGGUGAGCUUUGCCAGGGGGAGGGUGUGGGGAGCUGGCUGGAGGGAGAACCCUGAGAGGAGCUCCUGGGAAGGCUUCAGCCGCCCCCCUACCCUGCACUUGUCUUUAUCCCUCCCCCAAACCAUUCAGGAAGCAGGAAAAUUGGGGUCCCAAGUACUCUUCUCUUCUUGAACCGUUUCUCUCAGGAUCCUCAGCCUCCUCGGCCUUUCCUUCCUUCCCUUUCUCACCAACUGUGCCAGUCCCUACCCCCCUUCCCUUGUCUUCUCUUUCCAACUUGCCCCUUCCAGGAAGAACACCAAGUUGAUGCCAAGGCUCCCCACUGCUUGUUUCAUAUUCCUGCCCACUCCCACCCCUGCCUCCCCGAGCUGACGGAAAAAAUACAAUAAACUUACUGUAAAUAUGUU